GGAGCAGCAAACAUGUCGCCACUCGAUGAUCAUCAGUGUUGACUUUAUUGUUUAGAACUCGGAAUGGGAGGGAUCGUUGAUACCUAGCGUGAGCCUUCCAUCUAGACCUCAAACUCCAUAGCCGAUAACAAACUGUUAGUGCUUAGAUUGCUGAUCGAUGCGUUCGUCGUUUCUGUUCAUUUGGUCUGGCGUACUAUUCACACUUUCCCGCGUUCAAGCUGACGGCGCGAGAGUGGUAUUAGAGGAGAAGCGUUCAUAAUGCAGUUCACCAGGUCUCGUCUUUUGCGGCUUAACAAGAAGAAUGAACAGUUUCCUCUCACCUUACAGUUCUACCAAAAUCCGCCAACUGAAAAUAUCACUCUCGUUGAGUUUGAAACUUUUGCUAUUGAGAGACUGAAGCUUCUCAAGUCAAUUGAGAAUUUUGGUGUGAGUUAUAUGAAGACGUCGAUGGACUACGCGAGUAAGUUAGAGGCUGAGCUAAGAAAACUCAAGUUUCCAUAUAGGUAUAUACAAGAGGAGAAAAAAGAUGACAAGUGUGAACUUCAGAGAAAAGACCACAUCUCCCACUUUAUACUGCGCCUUGCCUAUUGCCAGUCAGAGGAUCUGAGGCGCUGGUUUAUACAGCAGGAAAUGGACUUGUUUAAAUUUCGCUUCAAUCAGUUGAAUAAAGAGAAGAUCCAGGAAUUUCUAAGGUUGAAUGAUUUGCAAUAUGUUCCUAUCAGUGAAGAAGAGAAGAAAUUGCACCAAGAGGAUCUGAUUAACGGAAGCUAUGGAUUGAGUUUAACUAAGUUGGAGGAACAGGAAUUCUACAAGGUUCCUUUCCAAGCUGCUCUGGAUCUGGUACGCCCAAGAAAAGUGUUCCUUUCACAAGGUUAUGCAUAUAUUCCCCAUAAAGAUAUUGUUAUCAUCAUCUUGAAUGACUUCAGAACAAGGUUGUCUAGAGCUUUAGCAUUAUCUGCUCGGUCCCUCCCUGUUGUGCAGUCAGAUGAGAGGCUGCAGCCUUUACUUAAUCAUCUAAGCCAUUCAUAUGUUGGGCAAGACUUUAGUUUGCAGAAGAAUACAGGAAAAAUUUCACUUGAACAAAUUGAUUCGCUGGCAGUAAAGUCAUUUCCUCUAUGCAUGCGUCAGCUUCACAAAGCUUUGCGGGAUAAUCACCACUUGCGUCAUGGUGGUCGCAUGCAGUAUGGUCUUUAUUUGAAGGCAAUUGGUUUAACAUUGGAACAGGCGUUACAAUUCUGGAAGAUGGAAUUCAUCAAGGGAAAAGUAGACUCAGAAAAGUUUGACAAGGUGUAUGCUUAUUCUAUCCGCCAUAAUUACGGUAAAGAAGGCAAGAGGACAGAUUAUACGCCAUACAGUUGUAUGAAGAUUAUUAUGUCCAACCCUCCAGGGCACGAAGACUCUCAUGGUUGUCCUUUUAAACACAGUGAUCCCGAGCUGCUUAGACAGAAGCUACAGUCAUAUAAGGUCCCUACCUCAGGAAUAAAUCAGAUACUGGACUUGGUGAAAGGUAUGCAUUAUCAGCUGGCUUGUCAGAAGUACUUUGAGCUGACACACAAUAUUGAUGAUUGUGGGUUUUCUCUAAGUCACCCGAAUCAGUACUUUGUUGAAAGCCAGCAAUUACUUACUGGGACUCGUGAUGUCAAAAAAGAACCAACUUCUGUUGAAAGUACUAGCCAGAUAUCUGCUACCGCGUCACUCACUAACACUCAGACAUCAGAAGAAAUGAAGGAUCUGGAUCAGCUCUUCAGCGAGUACUAAUCUUAGAUGAAGACUAAAUGUUAAGCUCUUUCUAUUAAUGGAAUGCUCUGUACCUCAUCCUAUAAGAAGAAACUCAUGCUGUAAUGAUAUCUAUAUAUGAAUGUAAUGGGUGUAUUCUGUUUCUUUGCUUCGUAUAUAUGCUCAUUUACUUUGAUAUGUAUCUUUGCAUCGUGAAGACCACAUAUGGACAAAUAGCACAACAUUACGGUUUGCAGAGUGGUGACUGUAAACAAGACUUUUCAUCAGACAUAAUAGCCCUUUGUCGAUUGUAUCAACAUCAUUUUCUUUGUCAAUACAGAUUGUUGCUUGCUUAAUCCUCAGCACUCUUUAUGUAGGCCUCAACCCUUCUAACUUCUUCAGGAUUCAGUUUUAGAUUUUGAUAUGGAAGAAAACCAGGAGAGCAGAAACGACAAGUCACUCUACCUACUCCUUAGAAUUCGACAUCUAUAGCUAAAAUUCAGUCUGAUGGAUACCAUUUUAAAGGAUCAUUUAAUAUUUUUAUGACUACAAUCUUUCUCACUCACUUUACUGUGCUGUCCAAUUAAAGGGCUGUGAUGACUUAUCCCCUUAUAAUUACUGGGUGCAGAACAUUCCGUUUCUACUGAAAAAAGAAUAUCAUGAGGCAGCAGCAAAGAAGCAGAAAAAAUAGAAACCGUUAGUUGCUACAGUUUUUUUAAGAUAGAAAGUUCAAGUU